AUGGCUGAGGCAAUUGGACUUGGGGCUUCUCUUCUCGGCAUUGCGGCAGCUGGGGCCAAGGUUGUUACUACUCUGAGAGUGUUUUUGACGUCGUAUACCUCCGCAGAUCAAAAAACAAGUGAUCUAUCCACCGAUGUAUCACUCACAGCAUCAAUUUUGACCGAAUUGGCAACUACUGUCCAGGAAUAUGAAGUUGAGUUUCGUCUAAAAGUCGACAAUUUCAACAAAGCAAAGGAGAUUUGCGAGCGAAACUUCAAUCUCUUACGCAAGGCAAUCAAAGAAGCGAAGAAAAGUAUCAACCGGGAAGAAACGGGAACCAAUAGUUCCAACAACCGCAAGGACAGUAUGAGUGCCUGGGAAAAGCUCAAAUUUGCUUUGGGCGGAGAAGCAAACUUUAAAGAGCUGGCAGCAUCUGCUGAAACGUCUAAAUCUAAUUUGCAGUUAUUGUUGGAUUCUGUUAAUUUGUUGAUUCUUAAGAAGCUGAGUAAAAAAAAUCUGUUAAAUGAGGAUCAAUCGGAAGACCUAAAGCUUCUUGUGCUUCAUCUUCCUUUCUUGAUAAAGGAGUUGCAUCAAGCUGGGCUCGUACAAGUAUUUUCUAAGAGCAAUCCGAACAAGGUUGCUUUUGGUGGGGCUGCCACCGUUCCAGAAAAGGUUCCAAUAUCUACCUCCGAAAACGAGCCUAUUGCUUCUAGUUCCAAUAAAGCCUUACUACCGCAACGUCUGGCUACGGCGUCGAAAAGGGACCCUGCAGCUCCUAUAGAAACACAAAAAGACAACGAAACCAAGAUGACAAAGGUGCAUUCACAAUCUAGGGAUCAGAGUCAAACAUUUGAAAAUAUGAUCGGCGAUAGGGAGAAAGCUAGCGAGCUCGAACGAGUUGAGACAAAAGCUUCUCAAAAAGUUAAAGAACGCCACACCGUUCCCGAAGCAAUAUAUGAGUCAUGGCUUUACACACACAGGCUCAAUGUUUUACCAACAACAUAUCACUUAUGCGGUCUCUGUGUCACAACAUACAGGCCCUUCCAUGAUCUAGGACGCUCACCUAUACUGCAUAGCUUUGUCCCUUUAUCUAUCGAUCAGGCCAAGUUACAGAAAGAAGUUGCAUCUUUCAUAUCUAAGGGUUUAAAAACUCCAGAUCCGGGACGUGCCUCUAAGCUUCUAUUCGGAAUGCCCUCCCCAAUUCACAAUUCUGUCCACUCAUUCGUUAUCAAUCGAACUACUCACCCAAAAUAUGAGUGGACUCUCGCAGCAUUUAUUGACCAAACGCCCAAAGCAUCCAUGUUUUCACGUAGACAAAAGGUAACCAAGAUCACACAAUUGGCCCUCAUUCUUCGCAGCGCUCCGCGUCCCUUGUCCGAGAACGGUCUCCACAACCUCAAAAUAACCUACGACCCAUGGCUACAGAUUCACCAUCAGCCUCUUACAGAACCCUAUGGCUUUCCCUCUGAGCUCCCCUUUGGCGUUCCCCCUGAGCCCCCAUCAGGUUGGGCCCGAGGCAGAGGAGGUCGUAAAGGAGAACCACUUGAACCACUUCAAGCCGACCUGGGCUCGGGUUCCUCGGACUCAAGUAAGGAAUUGGUAUCUAUCACCGACGACGAGCAAAGUGUCCACCGAUCUGGUUCACCAAGCGUCCACGAAUCUUCAAGAAGAGGUCGUCGUCUGGGUUCCAGCUCCAGCACAAGUUCCGAGAUCUAUCAUGCUGAUCAACAUAUUCCCAAACGGUCCAAGGCUAAAAGAAGAGGCUCAAAAGCGGAAAGAGCUCCCGAUGGGCAUAAAGAGAUCAGAACCGAUACAGAGAACAAUUCUUCUCAGGGGAGUGAGAACGUCGACAUGGAGGAGGAGGAGAAGGAUUUGGUAGAACAGGAAGAGGCGGAAAGAAUUAUGGAUGAAUUUCUUGCUACUUUUACGGAAACCGGGGAGCAAUAG